AUGACGUUGAGCGCCAAAGCCGAACAAUCCCUUACCCACCGACCCAACUCGUACGUGCCUGGCAAAACUCUCGCUCGGCUGUUCAAUCUCGACUUCCAUGCGCAUCCGGACAGAGUGAACCACGCGACGCAUUGGGGCCAGGGAAUGCUCGCGGCCGGCGUCCGCGGUGCGAUGGCUUACUACGGCGUCGUCGGCCCCUUUGCGAGUUAUCUCUUCAUGGGCGUCAGACUGCUUAUUGAUCAGACGUUGGAGAAUUGGAUGGGAGUCGGAGCUUUGCCAUGGACAUGGCCCGUCAACGAGCAGAUCAUUGAUUUGCUUCACAAGGCAGUCUUCGCGGCGGUUACGGGACACGUCGCAGAUCGGAUCAUAUUGGGGGAAGCGUUGAAUGCUUGA